GCUUGGCCAGCCGGCAUUGGACUCAUCUGAUGCAAUGCCGAAACUCCGUCUGCGUCGACGGGAUGGAGGAGGAGGUGGUGCACCAACCUACGAAUUGGACCUCCAGCAGUAUCCAGCGGAUGUUGUCUUUGCGUGGUUGCGUUAUCUCUACACGCAGGACGACUUGGAGCUCACAUGGCCCCUGCGACAUAGCCGGAGAGGAGACGAAGAGGCUCCGCCGGAGAUGUGGUGGAUGCAGCUGUUGCAUCUUGCGCAGCUGGUGGGCGACUGGAAGCUUCAACUCUAUGCCCAGGAGACCAUUGAGACGACUUAG